UUUGUCAUUAUGUCUUGACAAAGUGUGUUUUGCUUGGACAAAUUUUCUCAUUAUGACAGCGUUCUAUUUCAGAAUCAUCUGCGGGAGUUGAGGCAGUUAUAGAAGCCAUGACAUGUAAAAGCAAGGACGAAGCUAAGAAGGCCUUUGAAGCAUGGAUAAAUACAGAAGAGGAUAAACAUAAAGAUGUAAAAACGAAGAAGUUACAAGUUGUUUGUCCAGUUAAAGGUAGUAACAAGAAAGUGGUUGACCUGAUACGCCAUUUGACGAUAUUGCAUGGUUGGGAUACAGCGGAAGCAAAGGUUGCUUGGGGAAAGUUUGGACUGAGGAAGCAAAGACUUUUGAAAAAAGGUCGUGUUCUAAAAAACUAUACAAAGAUGGUGUGUCCUGUCAGCUCCUGUCGGCAAGUUGUUAAGAGACUUCGUAACCAUUUAUCGCAAACCCACAAAAUUAGAGACAAAAUUAAUCUGGAAAGUAUUAUGUCUGCUGCUGUAGUGUUCAAAGACACGGAGGUGGCUGGCUUGGAGGAAACUGCAGAACCUUCUAGUUUUCUUGGAAAUAGAGAAAACAGAGAAAGGGUGGUAGAAAUACCUUUGAGCCCUCAAGAAGGUGUCAGUGAUGAUGCCUCAAGUGUUAUCAGUGAACACGAUGAGCCAAUGGAUGAUAAGGUAGAGUCUAUGUCUGAUAGAAUAGUAUUUAAUAAUUUGAAAAGAUGGUUAAUGUCAAUAGAUGGAGGGCUGAAAAAGAAAGAGAUGCUGCACUUCAUGUUGCCCAGCUGAAGAGAAUCAUUAAUCAUGUAGACUUGGAUGAUUCAAAUGGGGACAAUGUUCUUGUUCUCUUUGAUGCAAACGAGCUCAACGAGAAAUGGCUGGCUCUAUUUCAGAAUGAAAAGAAACCUGGAACUGUUAAAGCAUAUUUGCAUUCGUUGCUCCAUUUUUAUGACUUUGUGAUUGCGAUUCCUGCAGCUUUUGAAUUACCACAAGAAGAAAUUAGAAAAAGUUAAAACGAGAGUUAACUACUGGUCCAAAGCAGUUGACAAAGAUGUGUGCAAGAGGAAGUGGCAGAAGAAAGAGGAAGAGGUUAAGAGGCUAGCAACAACAGAUGACUUCGUUGAUUUGAUAAAUCGGAGCCAGUUUGCAGGGCAAUAAAAAUCUUAUUC